AUGGAACAACUCAACUCCUCUGUGGUCACUUCUAACGUCUCCUCUCCUGGACAUCCACCUCCUGCCUCCUGGGACUCCAGAGGUCUGGUCCCUGCGGUGGUGCUGUCUGUCUGCUUCCUGCUGGGAGUUCCUGGAAACAUUGCUGUGAUCAUCCUCAGACCAAACUGGGAGAACAUGUCCAGUCUGAGCCAGAUUCUGAUGCUGAAUUUGGCCAUAUCAGACGUGCUCUGCCUGAUCACCCUGCCCCUGUGGAUUUACACUAGACUGUACGGCUGGAAACUUGGCCUGGUGGCCUUUGUCAUCAUCACUGGCUCAGUGCACAACGCUCAGCUUCUCUGUCAGCAAGUUUGCAGCAUGGAACAACUCAACUCCUCUGUGGUCACUUCUAACAUCUCCUCCUCUCCUGGACAUCCACCUCUUGAAUCCUGGGGCUCCAGAGGUCUGGUCCCUUCGUUGGUGCUGUCUUUCUGCUUCCUGCUGGGAGUUCCUGGAAACAUUGCUGUGAUCAUCCUCAGACCAAACUGGGAGAACAUGUCCAGUCUGAGCCAGUUUCUGAUGCUGAAUUUGGCCAUAUCAGACUUGCUCUGUCUGAUCACCCUGCCUCUGUGGUUUUACUCUUUACUGUUUUGCUGGAUUUUUGGCCUGGUGGCCUGUAAGCUCCUGUCAUUUCUCAUUUACUGCAGCAUUUAUGGAAGCAUGCUGACUGUGAGUGUGCUGAGCAUUCAGCGCUACCUCCAGGUGGUGCGCCUGCAGAAGUUCUUUGAUCAGCGAGGAAGGAGGAGGCUGGUGGCUCUGCUCUGGCUGGUUGCAAUGAGCCUGUCCAUCUCUGCUUUAGUGGUCCGGCAGCUGAAGACAGAUCAGAACUGGACAAGCUGCCUACCUCACUACUCUUCCGAGGCCCAGCAGGUGGCCGUGCAGCUGACAGAGACUGUGGUAGGAUCUGUUUCAAUAGCUGUUGUGGCACUGUCAUACAUCGGUCUUUACAGAAAAGUGAACCAGGCAGCUUUCUUCAACAACCCACAGACGACCCGGCUGGUCACAAGUAUCAUUUUGACCUAUUUUGUCCUCUGGAUGCCGCAUCAUAUAAUAAAUGUGCUUGGUGUGGCAGCUUUUUCACUCAAAAACGAGAGGCUGAUGAAGUUUUCUGAGGAUGCUUCAAACAUUGCUGGAGCACUGACAUUUGUGAAUAGCUGCCUGAAUCCACUCCUUUAUGCUUUUGCUUCUAGAAACUUGUGCACUUUGUGCCAAAAAAGGGAACAUUAAUGCUGUUGUUAAUGCAGAAGCUUCCAUUCCUGUAAGUUUAAACAUUUAAUGUUUCUGUGAAAAGCCACCGGAUAUCUAAAGAGAUUGCAGAACCCUGACAACGCUUUGGGGAACUAUUUUAUUUCUUGCGAAAAUGAAAAAAAGUUUGUGGUUCAAUAAUGAACUUUGAGGUUAAGCAACGCCUCCCCUCAAAUGAGCUCUGUGCUGAUUUCAACUGGUGCUGAGCCAGAGCUGUAGAAAUAGAGGUUUGUUAAAGUGAAUCAGGCAAAGAGUCAAAAUAUCAGCAAGUAAAUGACAGAUUCUAUCACAUUUACAAGACAAUACCAAUGAACUUGGGUUAUAAUCAUAUUUUUUAUUUCAAAAUGUAUUUUUCUCUGUGUGUAUGUUGACGUAGAUGUGUAAAGCCUUAGCUGGCAUUUUUUAACUGAUAAUGACAGUGUAUGUCUUAGCAUCUUAGCUUUUAUGGGAGAGAUCCUGGCAGAGGAAACAACAGUUAAUGAAAAGACUGAAUAGUGUUUGUAUUGGAGAGCAUCCAGUGAGAGGACUGACCAUUUGUCUCCAGUAUUUAGCAACAGACAGACAGAAACAGACGAAAAUAGAGGUGAAGUGAGCUGUACUUAUGAUUCAAACAGAUGUAUAAACUCAUUUAGUGAUUGAUUUAUUCAUUCAUUCUUUUUUCUUCUGUUUAGGGCUGCUAAAAGCUAGACACAUGUUCAAACGGCAGACUUUUCCAGCUCUCACUGGAUUUUUUUUUUUUUUUUGUUAUAUAUAUAUAUUGUAUAUAUUUUGUCUCAAGUAAACUGUGUUGAUGUAUUGUGCAACGCAUUCUCAUUCUGACCUCAUCACAUAUCGGUAUUUGUUCAUGGACCUUCCAUGUCCACAUAAUGUUAGAGAUAACCUGGUUCUCUUUUUGUUGACGUUCAGGGAUGCUGUGUCAAUUACGCCUGUUACAUACGUUGUCUUCUUUCAAAAUACACUUCUGUUUUCACAAGAAAUUUACUGUUUAUAUACAGUGUCUUUAAAAUAAAUGCACCACGUCAG